AUGCACGAGUACAGAACAGCUUGUCGUGAGUGUGAGACUGACAAGCAGCGACAAGAACGCUUGGCUCGUGAACGACAAGCCAGGGCCGACUCGCCCCAGAAAUUCCUGGCCUACCAGCGCAAGUUCGGGAGGAAACCAGAAAAUAGAGAGAAGACGAAACAAAAGAACAGAGAGUAUCGCAAAAAGCAUCCCGGUGUGGAACAUCUACAGCAUGAGCAGUUGAGCAUCCGGCGUGCGACCAGACUUGUCGAGCAGGUCUUCUCCGGUCGCUCCAAAACCAUAGCCAACACUUACACAUGGAAGACGCACACCCCUGUCAGCUUCGAUGACAAAGUCGAGCAUCACUGUACAGCUUGUCAUCGGUUCCGCUUCUUGAAACACUGGUGGAAAGAGAAGUCCCGUCCAGAAACAACGGAGACAAGUUCCAAUCACGACCGCUACAUGUGCAGUCGCUGCUUUGCCAACGACUGGAAUCUGGUCGUGCCCGAGACCUUUUCUGGCAGACUGCCUAGAUUAUUCACCUCUCCAGACUACCCUCCGCCAUUUCGAAAGGAGCGACUCAAGGCUAACAAAUCGGCACACGAUAUCAAGAAGCAACACGAGGAAGAUGAAAAAGAAAACGAGCGUUCUUGA